UUCUAGAAGAAAAAUAAAUGCUGAGUCGUUUAUGAAUAUAUUGUUUUUGUAAACGAUUUUGACUAAGAAUAUUGAACUCCUUGUAUUUCUAUCAUGGAAACGGGUGACAAUUUUGAAUUAGAACCUUCUUUAAGGAAUAUAUUGGAGCAAGAGACUUUAAAAUGGGUCUUUGUUGGUGGAAAAGGUGGUGUAGGUAAAACAACAUGUAGCUCAUGUUUAGCUGUACAAUUAUCCAAAGUUCGAGAUUCUGUGCUUAUAAUUUCCACUGACCCAGCUCACAAUAUAUCGGAUGCCUUUGAUCAGAAGUUUUCCAAAGUUCCUACUCUUGUAAAAGGUUUUCCGAAUUUGUAUGCUAUGGAAAUCGAUCCGAAUCUUGGAGCCACUCACCUUCCUGAAGAGUACUUUUCUGAAGACGAUCCAAUGAAACUGAAGAAGAACAUUCAGGAACUACUUGGAGCCUUCCCUGGGAUUGAUGAAGCUGUGAGUUAUGCAGAGGUUAUGAAACUUGUAAGAAGUAUGAACUUUUCCAUAGUUGUCUUUGACACAGCUCCAACUGGUCACACCUUGAGGCUUCUAUCUUUUCCUGCAGUGGUAGAAAAAGGUUUGGGAAAAGUCUUGAAACUGAAAUCCCAGUUGAGUCCUUUUGUUUCUCAGAUAGUAUCCCUUUUCGGUAUUCAAGACUUCACUGCUGAUAUAUUGUCAAAUAAAAUUGAAGAAAUACUGCCUAUUAUUCAGCAAGUAAAUGAACAGUUUAGAGAUCCUGAUCAGACAACUUUUGUCUGUGUUUGCAUUGCAGAAUUUUUGUCACUUUAUGAAACAGAGAGACUGGUUCAAGAGCUCACAAAAUGUGGAAUCGACACUCACAAUAUUGUUGUCAAUCAACUUCUAUUUCCAACUACUGAAAAACCAUGCAAAAUGUGCUCAGCUCGAUACAAAUUGCAAGCAAAGUAUCUCGAUCAGAUAUUAGAUUUGUAUGAAGAUUUUCAUGUCACAAAGUUGCCUCUCUUAGAACAUGAAGUUCGGGGUACAAAUCAAAUUUUGGCGUUUUCUGAAAAUUUGAUGAAGCCUUAUGAAGCAACAUUAAAAUCAACUAAUUGAUAUGUGAACAAUUUAUAAAUCAAUAAACUAUAGUUUGGGAAGCUCCACUUUGUUCAUAAUGUUAAUUCAAGGACCAUAUCUAGAUAAAUAUAUACAUAUAUUUGUUUUAUUCAUAAAUUAAAUUUAUAUAAAUUAAGUUAAUGAGUAUGGCUUAUAGCUUUUUAUUUGGAAUUUUAUUUUAAGUUAUUUAAUA